CAACCCCCCCAACAACCACCUCUUUACACGUUCCAUUCAAAUUUCAAUCAAUGCCUUGCAACCCCCCGCUUGACCCAUUCUUCUGAUUCCUCGCAAAAAUACAAAUAAAAAAAGGAAAUUCCAUAUACAAACCCUAUCCAGAUUCCUUCAUGUCCCUAGUAUCACGAAUUCCACCAAGUUUGGUUCGGAAAUCCGUCAUUCAAGACCAGACCCAUUUGAUCAAUUUUUAUAGAAUCAUCCGAUACAAGAUAUCAACCACUUAGGACCAAACCCAUUUGGUUGAUUUUGAGACACAAAAUCAUACUGACCCAGAUUCAAAAAACAAUUUCAAUGUUCAGUCCUUAGCCUCUUUGGUAAAUUGGUAGGCAAGGCUCCUGGAUUCAUAGCUGAAUAGGAGAAAUUUAGUCGUUUGGGAUUGGACCCAAAUGGAACAAGGUUCUAGAAGUCCUAAUCCAAGUCCCAAUUAAGAAAAACUCAUUUUUUUCGUAGUUCUGUUCUUGUUGUUAUUCCAUGGAAAUACCACUAUCAGUCUUGGUGUUCCAAAUCUUUGGCUCUGCCAUAAGCAUUCUUGCUCUCCUUGCUGAAUCGCAUCCACAAAAUGACGUAAACAUUCCCGCAAUACGUUCACUUGUGUCGCGAAUGUCGCCUCCGCCGCCAUCACCUCAUUUGCCAAUUUUACCGACUUCUGUGUCGAAUAAUCGUUCAAAACCACCGGCUCCACUGCCUCCUCCGCCGUAUCCUCGUUUACGACCACCAUCUCCACCACCACAAGAUAGGUGGUGGAGAAAGGACAAUAAAGGGUCCAAUUAUCGCCAAAGAAAGCUGCCACCUUUGCCUCCGAAAAAAACUAUCAAUACAGGGAAGAAGAUUGGGCUUUUGUUCGUGGUUAUCGCUGCGAUCCUCCAAAUUGGUGUGGUGGGGUUCUUGGCUUUCAAGAGAAGACAGCUUCUGAAGCUCAGGGACAGUUACGAGACCAGUUCUUGAAUUGAAAUUUAGGUGAUGUCAGUUUCCUCAUCGAUUCUUAUUUCGGCGGCACGCAUUGUGAUUUGGACUUUACAUCAGAUUGGAAGUCUUUGUUCAGCUUAAAUAGUUGAGGGGUAUUUAUCGGAUUUAGAUUCUUUGGUGGGUGGUGGAAGGAUAUGAGUUGCAGGUUGAUUGGAAAACAUCGGGCAUUUGUAAAUGUGGUAAAUGCUGAUUAGAAUUUACUUACAUAUUUUUCUCUCUGAGUUCCUGUUUAUCACUUUGUUAUUUGGUUUAGACUACACGGCUGAUGAUUGAUAUUAGAGGAGCCUAUUUUUUA